ACGACACAACUUCGAUACCCUUCUUGAUUGUUGUUCAUCUCUCCCAGAUUCAAACAAACCCAUCUCCAAAAUGCCCAUUUCUCAAUAGUUUCUGAACUGGGUUUUUGGGUUCUCGGAGUGUUGUUGUGCGUAGUAGCAACUAUGGCGGCUUCUUCCGUGGUGUGUACAUGGCUCGUCGCCGCUUGCAUGUCCGUUGCUUGUGAAAAAGACCAACAACAACAACCCAUGAUGAUGAUGAUGAAUCAAUCUUCGUCGAAGCGAUUUAGCAGAUGGGCUCGGAAGAGGAGGGUUUUAUUUAAAUGCAGAGCUGGUUGUUCUGAAAUCCCCAAGGGUCACCUAAUCUCGUCGGGCAUUCAGGGUUUGAUGUCCUCUUACUUGCCUUUCGAGCCCUGGGAUGAGUAUUACAGUUCCAAAGGCCUUUGCUCUUCUGAUUUCUUUGGCGACAAUGGUUUCUCUUCUCUCUUUGGAUCCACCAAUUUUCCCCUCUCUCGCAGACAAAGACGCUUCAAUCCAGCUGUCCAUUCCGGAAUCUGAGAGGGCAGACCAACAAGCCCAAGUUUUGGAUUCAAUUUUAGAAGAUGCUUUGGACAACGAUACAAGUUCUGGUUCUGGGAUUCUUUUUGAAAACAAAAUUUGUGUCAAACGCUGGCACUGUCCUUGGGAUUCUACUGUGGUUGAUUACAUAGCCCCAGUCUUUAGACUAAUUUUGGAGGAGAAUUACUUAUCAUCGUCAAUGCAACCCUUAGAAGAUACAAAAAAGAACAGGUCAUUGUGGUGGAUGCAGAGAAAGAGUCUUGAUCAGCGCCUUGGCAAAUUUUUGAGGUUUAUUUUGCUGGUUUGGGAUGCUUAAAAAAUGUUAGGGCAGCUCUUUGCAGAGGAAGAGUAUUGAAAUGCACCCGCUGUGGGAGGCAAGGGGCAACAAUUGGAUGCCAUGUUGAUCGUUGUACAAAAACAUACCACUUGCCUUGUGCACGAGCUAAUGGUUGCAUUUUUUAUCAUCGCAAAUUUCUCAUAGCCUGCACAAAUCAUCAGUAUCUCUUCCAACCUCAGGGAAGUCAUUAUUUUUACAAGGUAAAAAAAAUGAAAACUAAGAAAAUGAAAUUGGAAAUGAGAAAGCUGUUAAAUGAUGCUUGGCGAAAGGAUGUUGAAGCAGAAGAAAAAUGGCUAGAGAAUUGUGGUGAGGAUGAAGAAUUUUUGAAACGUGAGAGCAAGAGGCUACAUUGUGAUUUGUUGAGAAUUGCACCUGUGUACAUUGGAGGCUCAAACUUUGAAAAUGAAAAACAAUUUCAGGGUUGGGAAUCUGUUGCUGGGCUUCAAGAUGUCAUCUGAUGCAUGAAGGAGGUCGUUAUUUUACCAUUGUUAUAUCCUGAGUUCUUUAGUAAUAUGGGACUUACACCACCUAGGGGUGUUCUUUUGCAUGGCUAUCCUGGAACAGGUAAAACGUUAGUAGUGUGUGCGCUAAUUGGUUCUUGUGCUCGUGGUGAUAAAUGGAUAGCCUAUUUUGCUCGCAAAGGAGCAGAUUGUUUAGGAAAAUAUGUCGGUGAUGCUGAGCGCCAGCUAAGACUUUUGCUUCAGGUUGCUGAGAAAUCUCAACCAUCUAUAAUUUUUUUUGAUGAGAUUGAUGGGUUGGCACCUUGCCGCACUAGGCAGCAAGAUCAGACACAUAAUUCAGUUGUUUCCACCUUGCUUGCUCUAUUAGAUGGUUUAAAAUCUAGAGGCUCAGUUGUAGUAAUAGGCGCAACAAAUCGUCCUGAUGCUAUUGAUCCAGCUUUAAGACGACCUGGUAGAUUUGAUAGGGAGAUUUAUUUCCCACUUCCAUCAGUUGAGGACAGAACAGCUAUUCUCUCGCUUCGCACACAAAGUUGGCCAAAGCCAGUCACUGGAUCAGUGCUCAAUUGGAUUUCUAGAAGAACUGUAGGUUUUGCUGGUGCUGAUCUGCAGGCUCUUUGUACCCAAGCAGCCAUUAUUGUCCUGAGGAGGAACUGCCCCUUGCAAGAAAUAUUGUCUGCUGCUGAAAAGAAAGUUUCUCAUGGUAAACGUCCUCCUCUUCCCACCUUUGCGGUGGAGGAGAGGGAUUGGUUGGAGUCUCUUGCAUGUGCACCACCUCCAUCCUCUCUGGCUGCAAAUGAUGUGGUAUCCUCACCUCUUCGCAGCCAUCUUAUUCCUUGUCUGCAGCAAUCGCUGUCCAGAUUGCUUGUUUCCCUUUAUCUUGAUGAACGUCUCUUGUUUUUGCCUCCUCAUCUUUAUAAAGCUGCCACACUCGUCAAAAGUUUAGUGAGUGUGAAAUCUGGUAUUUUAAGUUUUAGAGUUUUGUACCUUUAUUUUAUUGCUUUUACUAUGUUGUGCUCUAUUUAUGUCUUGGUUUCCUGAUAUCCAAAUUUUUGCUCUUCCCUUAAGUAAAUGUUGUUAGGCCUCUUUGGCACCUUCUCUUUCUCUGGAUGCUGAUCACUUGUUAUUGGAACACGUGUAUGACUUGCGUCAUUUGUCAACACAAAAUCCUCCUUCCCCCAAGUAACUGAACUGAAGUCACCAGUUUUUUGACAUACAUGAGGCAUGAAAAGCUGAUAUCUUAACCUUGAGGAGGAUUGGUGGUAAUUUAACAAAAAGGAUGGGUUAAUGAUGUUGUCAAAAGCUUAGUUGUGGGUUUGGAUAAUUUAGUAUAGAAUACUUAAAUUUUUAUAAUAGAAAUUAUAAAUUUACUUUAAGUGGACUUUGUUCAUUAAAGAACUCUAUAUAUUCUUAUUGUUGAUAUUAGUAGAAUUCAAUGCAUAAGCUACACGUUUUUACAAUACAUCAAAGAUUUGGAUGUGGAGUAACUUGUAGAACUUGUCCUCAGCUUCUUCGUAAAUUCCUUGUUCUAACUGAUUUUUAGAUGCCAUGCUUAUCAAAAAAAGGGGCUCCAGUUUUUGAAUGAUAGGGUCCCUGUGGCCAUUGCUUGUGGUAGUUGUAAGAUCCGGGGUUGCCAGGCGUGAGUGAGAACACAUGUCUGAAUAUGAGGGUAGCCACUUUGUGCAAAAAAUACCAGUAUACCCUUCUAAGCAGCUGGUUUUGUGGGAACAACAUAGGGUUAUUUAUUUAGGUUGCCAUAUGCCUUAUGUUAUCGUAAAUUUAGCUUCCACUUUCCAUCCACUCCCCAUUAGAAGGAGAUUUUGUAAACCUAAAGCUUUUUCUUUUUUCCUGAUUAUUUUACAUAAUGGUUAUAUAAGAACGUAGAUUUACAUACAUCAAAUUUGGUGAACAUAUCUUGAGUCCAAAUUUUUCUGAGUUUCCAAAUUUAUGGCCAGAUUUGAAAAGUUUGAAUGUUUAAUAUUUUGACCAAAUUUUGUUGAAUGUCAAUCGAGUUUCUAGAAAUUCGUCAAUUUAAUGUAAAAUACUAAAAAUCCAUAUUUCCCGGAAAUCUGAAUUCCAAUUUUUCUAAUUUUUGCUAAAUAUUUCAACUUUAUGGUCGAAUUUUGACCAAUUUGGAUAGGUCAAUUGGUCUGAUCUGACUUUUCAUGAACUUUCAUGUUAAACACCCAAUUUAUAACCACAUUUUAUCAUUCUAAUUGUGAUAAUGCAUAAAUGCAUCUAAGUUUAUUAUUUAUUGAUGGCAGUAUAACCCAAAAACUCAGGAUGUUAGGUAAUGACCUGACUGUGUAUAUCAAGCUCUCACACCUCCCCUCAUCCCCAUGUGUGAUCCUUUCUUGCAUGUGACUAAAACAUAAAUUCAAUUGAACCAGGAGCACAAAUAGACAGGAAACAAAGUGCACAAACAAAUGUAGUGGCAAUUACACAAGCAAGGUUUAAAGUGAUGUCUCAUGGAACCAAAACUUUGGUAUCAUGUUUUUUUGGGUGAAACUUUGAUAUCAUGUUAGGUAAUCAAUUGUCCCAAAAGCUUAAGCUAUUAGAGGAUGUCCCAAGAAAGUAUAUUAAACUCUUGCUUGCUUCCUGUUUAUUGUGCAGCUACCAUAAUUAUUUCUUAAUAAUCAUGUCAAUGACAAAAUGCUCAAUAGAUAGGAACACUACUGGGAAUGGUCUUCUUAACUCAUGCACUAGCCAAUCCUGUUGGCUCUUUGUCUUAAUUAUGAACUGAUAAAAAAAAUUCCUGACUAAGUCUUCCUUGCAAUUGAUGGCUGUAGGGUUUUGUGAUUUAAUUUCUUAAACUUGAUUUGCAAGACCAUGGACUUUCUUAAGUUUUGUCCAUCGCUAAUAUAUAUAUUUUUGGGAGUCAUUACCUAUUGAAUUGUAUUCUUGGUCCUUUCAACAACUCUCUUCAUAUAUCUUUUUAAAGGAUGGUGCUUACCAUGGACAGUAUUGCUUACAGCAUAUGUUUUUGAAUUUGUGUAUGUCAAGGUUACUUUUUGUCUUUAUUCUUUUGUUUUUGAUGUUGUAUAAAAUUUAAUUGUUGAUUUUGAAAUUGGCUUAGUACAUGUUCUAGUGUUUCUCUUUAUGGUUUAUUUUCCUUUCAUGUGGCAUCUACAUUUUCUUUAGUUUUAAUGGUCUGUACUAUUUGCUUUACAUAGGCUCUUUUAUAUUUUAUUUCCUCAACCCUCUUUAUUAAUCUCCAUUUUUAAUCAAUUUUCUUAUCAUUGGUUUUAUAUGCAGCAUUUGCAUACAGGUUGUGUUUAUCGCAAUGUUGUUUUGUAGGUGAUUUUUUGAAUUGAUUUGAAGUUAAGAAAAAAUAUUUUUAGAAUAAAUCUCUUGCUGUUAUUUUUUUUCAUUUUAUGAUUUUUUCCGAGGUUAAUGAUUAUUACAAUGCUGUUGAUUUUUUUUACCAUUUCUGUUGAUCUCUCAAGUAAUACCUAAUUUGUUUGAACGAGAUAUUUGCAUGAAUUUGUAAUUAUGAUUUCAUGAUAUAUUUACGAGGAUACUCAAAAAUAUCCAUUUAUUAAUUUGUGGCAGUGAGAUGUGCUAGUCUAGGUUCCUGCAUGAUAUUCAUACCGAGAAUUGAUUUGUGGGCCAUAGAGACAUGUAAACAAGUUGAUGGAGAGGAAAGUGAUUCCUCUUUAACAGACCCUGAAUUGUCUGAGGACAUGUCUUCUGUGAAGCACAGCCAAGUUGUUGAAAAGGAAAACCAUUCAUGUCAGCAGUUAUGUGAAUUAUCAGAGACGGAAGCCUCUCAAGAUGCUUCCAAGAAAAUGUCACAUAUCUGGAGCUCAUUUGUUGAGUAGGUGGAGUCCAUGUGUGUGUCUACAUCUUUGAUGAUUCUGAGAGCAAUUUCAGAGAUCUCCCUGGCAUUAUUGUUGGAGCUGACAAUGUUGUUCAAAGGGAUUUGACAGUGGAGCCAAUACUGAUGCCAUCUGGAAAGCCAUCGGUAAUACUAAUGGAAAACUUUCUAUUACACCUUCAUCAUAUGGAAAUGCAAUUUCAGCUACUAGGAAUAUGAAAUUGAUAUAGCAUGCCAAAGGGACACAACAAUCUCUCUUUAGAAUAGCUUGACAGCAUACAUAAUACUAAAAUAUGAACAAAACACCUACUUGCUUAAACACAAGGGUUGGGUCUAUGAUUGGUAUUUUUUCCUACUUGUACCAAGAAUGUAAAAGAUUAAAGUAUAAAAGGAAAGAGAAUUACAAAUGGAUAUAUUCAUGAAACGGUAACCAAAGGGAGGGAAAAAGUGAAAAAGAUGAAUUUGUUUAGUUUAAGCAAGCAUAUAGCCAUUGACAAAGAGGAAUGAUGAAAAUGGAUAGUUUAAGCAAGCAUCUUUUUCUUUUUUUCCCUGAGUGUUUGAUGUAUUACCAAAAUGCAAACCAUUUUCACGAUUAUGGUGGGAUGAAACAGUGCCAACUCUUCUGUGCCAACCAGAUCUUCACAGCCAGGUGUCUUGCAAAUUAUGCUUUAUCGUAGAAGUUCUUGUGAUUAUUGGACCAGAUUUUGGGCUGUUUCUGGGCUGAACUGGUGCCCUGAGGUCUCUGCUGGUAUGCUGAGGCUGUUGAGCAAAUCUGUUAUGCUGAUUGAUCUGAGCUGAAAAGGGAGGUUGAUUCUGGGUUGUUCUGGUGCCCUGAAACCAUGGUUUGCAUAGGUCUGCUCUGCUGCCUAUUGAACAGAGUUGCUAUGCUGCUGAUUGCUGAUAUGUUCAAAUACAGUCUUGGUUUCUGCUGUGUCGUAAUAAUUGCUCAGAUAUGUUUAGGCUAUUCUUGGCAUUAGGACUGAGAUACAGGUAAAUCUUUCACCAAUAUUUGGAAGGUGGAAGUUGGGCUUUGCAGAUUGGUAGUCUCGCUGAGGUAGGCAGCUGGUCUGUUCUAUCUGUGAAGGUAAUCUGGCUCCAUUGUUGCUCAAUUAGAAUGAUCUGUCUGCUCUGUUGGAAGUUGGAAGCUGGUCUGGCUCCACUGUUGCCCCCUUGGAAUGUAUGUUGCAGAUUGUAAUAGCCUCAUACCUUGUUAUUUUCUUUGAUUUUUUUGUUCUUUUAAUUUUUGGUGAGAGCAAAGUGUAGUUUGAGAUUGAAUUUUUAGUGAUUGUUUUUGCCAAAUCACAGAUUGUACGUACUAUUGCUCUUGUAUAUAUGUUAAAUUCUCAAG